UGGGAAGCACGAGCGGGAUACAUUUGUGUGUUGGGAACUGUAGUCGAACCACGGCCGGAGAACAUAUGGUUCGAUUUAGCAAAUGUUCAGAAACCCACCGCUUCUUUUUCUACAUCUCAUCUACCUGCUCCUCCAGAAGUGACUAUCGGUACCGUCGAAUCCUCCCAGGGGUCCCUUCCCUCGCAACACGGCCUGCUGACAAACCUCGCUGUUCCCCUCCUCUCUGCUCCCCCUGUCCCCUCUCGCCCCCAUCCUAGGCAACAUGUCCAUCACCCUGAAGCAGGUCUUCAACAAGGACAAGACCUUCCGCCCCAAGCGUAGGUUUGAGCCGGGGACACAGCGAUUCGAGCUGCAUAAGAAGGCCCAGGCGUCGCUGAGCUCCGGGGUUGACCUGAGGGCGGCGGUUGCUCUGCCCCACGGGGAGGAUCUCAACGACUGGGUGGCAGUCCACGUGGUGGACUUCUUCAACAGGAUCAACCUCAUCUACGGGACGGUGUGUGAGUUCUGCACGGAGAAGAGUUGUCCCGUCAUGUCCGGAGGUCCUAGGUAUGAGUACCGAUGGCAGGACGAUCACAAGUACAAGAAACCAACGGCUCUACCGGCUCCCAAGUACAUGAACUUGCUGAUGGACUGGAUCGAGGUCCAGAUCAACAACGAGGAUAUCUUCCCCACCAGCAUGGGUAUCCCCUUCCCCAAGAACUUCACCCAGAUCUGUAAGAAGAUCAUCUGCCGUCUGUUCCGGGUGUUUGUCCACGUCUACAUCCACCAUUUUGACCGUAUGAUCCUGAUGGGAGCUGAGGCCCAUGUUAACACCUGCUAUAAGCACUUCUACUACUUCAGCACAGAGCUCAACCUCAUAGACCGCAAGGAGCUGGAGCCACUGAAAGAGAUGACUUCUGGGAUGUGUCACUGAGGAGUAGCAGAACUACUGGAGCAGCUGAGGAUUGUCUGGGAUGCCCUGCUGGCACAGCAGGAGGUUACCAUGGAGAUACGGAGGGGUACACAGUUGACUCUGAAGCUUGAUGACGUCAUCAGUGUGAUUCAACUAGCUCGAUGUCAUCACUGUCAUUCUGAUAGCAAGAGAAGAACCUUCUACCUGCAGAUAUACCUGGCUGGCUGGCUGGCUGGCUGGCUGGCUGGCUAUAUGGAUUAAUGAAUAAAUGAAUGAACAAACGAAUGAAUGGAUGAUGGAUGGAUGAUGGAUGGAUGCUGGCUAGAUGGAUAGAUAGAUGAAUGAAUGGAUGGAUGAUGGAUGGACACUGUAGCAAAGACAUUCUACUAUUUCUACUGUAGUUUACAUUAAGGACCUCCCUCUGUAUCACCACGUCACUGAGGAGGACCUCCCUCUGUGUCACCACAUCACUGAGGAGGACCUCCCUCUGUGUCACCACAUCACUGAGGAGGACCUCCCUCUGUAUCACCACGUCACUGAGGAGGACCUCCCUCUGUAUCACCACAUCACUGAGGAGGACCUCCCUCUGUAUCACCACAUCACUGAGGAGGACCUCCCUCUGUAUCACCACGUCACUGAGGAGGACCUCCCUCUGUAUCACCACAUCACUGAGGAGGACCUCCUCUGUAUCACCACGUCACUGAGGAGGACCUCCCUCUGUAUCACCACAUCACUGAGGAGGACCUCCCUCUGUAUCACCACGUCGUUGAGGAGGACCUCCCUCUGUGUCACCACUUCACUGAGGAGGACCUCCCUCUGUAUCACCACGUCACUGAGGAGGACCUCCCUCUGUGUCACCACGUCACUGAGGAGGACCUCCCUCUGUAUCACCACGUCGUUGAGGAGGACCUCCCUCUGUAUCACCACGUCGUUGAGGAGGACCUCCCUCUGUGUCACCACGUCACUGAGGAGGACCUCCCUCUGUAUCACCACGUCACUGAGGAGGACCUCCCUCUGUAUCACCACGUCACUGAGGAGGACCUCCCUCUGUAUCACCACGUCACUGAGGAGGACCUCCCUCUGUAUCACCACGUCACUGAGGAGGACCUCCCUCUGUAUCACCACGUCGUUGAGGAGGACCUCCCUCUGUAUCACCACGUCGUUGAGGAGGACCUCCCUCUGUGUCACCACGUCGUUGAGGAGGACCUCCCUCUGUAUCACCACGUCGUUGAGGAGGACCUCCCUCUGUAUCACCACAUCACUGAGGAGGACCUCCCUCUGUAUCACCACGUCGUUGAGGAGGACCUCCCUCUGUAUCACCACGUCGUUGAGGAGGACCUCCCUCUGUAUCACCACAUCACUGAGGAGGACCUCCCUCUGUGUCACCACAUCACUGAGGAGGACCUCCCUCUGUAUCACCACGUCGUUGAGGAGGACCUCCCUCUGUAUCACCACGUCGUUGAGGAGGACCUCCCUCUGUAUCACCACGUCGUUGAGGAGGACCUCCCUCUCUAACACCACAUCACUGAGGAGGACCUCCCUCUGUAUCACCACGUCACUGAGGAGGACCUCCCUCUGUAUCACCACGUCGUUGAGGAGGACCUCCCUCUGUAUCACCACAUCACUGAGGAGGACCUCCCUCUGUGUCACCACAUCACUGAGGAGGACCUCCCUCUGUAUCACCACUUCACUGAGGAGGACCUCCCUCUGUGUCACCACAUCACUGAGGAGGACCUCCCUCUGUAUCACCACAUCACUGAGGAGGACCUCCCUCUGUAUCACCACGUCACUGAGGAGGACCUCCCUCUGUAUCACCACGUCACUGAGGAGGACCUCCCUCUGUAUCACCACAUCACUGAGUAGGACCUCCCUCUGUGUCACCACAUCACUGAGGAGGACCUCCCUCUGUGUCACCACGUCGUUGAGGAGGACCUCCCUCUGUAUCACCACAUCACUGAUGAGGUUUUAAUACACUGAUGAAGUUUUAAUACACUGAUGAGGUAAUGAUACACGGAUGAGGUUUUAAUACACUGAUGAGGUUUUAAUACACUGAUGAGAUAAUGAUACACGGAUGAGGUUUUAAUACACUGAUGAGGUUUUAGUACACUGAUGAGGUUUUAAUACACUGAUGAGGUUUUAAUACACUGAUGAGGUUUUAAUACACUGAUGAGGUAAUGAUACACAGAUGAGGUUUUAUACACUGAUGAGGUAAUGAUACACGGAUGAGGUUUUAAUACACUGAUGAGGUAAUGAUACACUGAUGAGGUUUUGAUACACUGAUGAGGUUUUAGUACACUGAUGAGGUUUUAGUACACUGAUGAGGUUUUAGUAAACUGAUGAGGUAAUGAUACACGGGUGAGGUAAUGAUACACUGGUGAGGUAAUGAUACACGGAUGAGGUAAUGAUUCAUGGAUGAGGUAAUGGUACACUGAUGAGGUUAAUACACUGAUGAGAUAAUGAUACACUGAUGAGGUUUUAAUACACUGAUGAGGUUUUAAUACACUGAUGAGGUUUUAAUACACUGAUGAGGUAAUGAUACCCUGAUGAUGUAAUGAUACACGGAUGAGGUUUUAAUACACUGAUGAGGUAAUGAUACACGGAUGAGGUAAUGAUACACAGAUGAGGUAAUGAUACACGGAUGAGGUAUUGAUACACGGAUGAGGUAGUGAUACACGGAUGAGGUAAUGAUACACGGAUGAGGUAAUGACACAAGGAUGAGGUAAUGAUACACGGAUGAGGUAAUGAUACAUGGAUGAGGUAAUGAUACACGGAUGAGGUAGUGAUACACGGAUGAGGUAAUGAUACACGGAUGAGGUAAUGACACAAGGAUGAGGUAAUGAUACACGGAUGAGGUAAUGAUACAUGGAUGAGGUAAUGAUACACGGAUGAGGUAUUGAUACACAGAUGAGGUUUUAAUACACUGAUGAGGUAAUGAUACACGGAUGAGGUAUUGAUACACAGAUGAGGUUUUAAUACACUGAUGAGGUAAUGAUACACGGAUGAGGUAAUGAUACACGGAUGAGGUAUUGAUACACGGAUGAGGUUUUAAUACACUGAUGAGGUAAUGAUACACGGAUGAGGUUUUAAUACACUGAUGAGGUAUUGAUACACAGAUGAGGUUUUAAUGCACUGAUGAGGUAAUGAUACACGGAUGAGGUAAUGAUACACGGAUGAGGUAAUGAUACACGGAUGAGGUAUUUGAUGUGGACGGAUACAGACGUUUCCUCAGUGUUGGUUACAGUUUGUCCAUUUCCUCUCCAACGAGGACAUUGUUUUUGUUGUUUAAUUAUGUCUUGUCUCGGAAACCUGCUUUUCCUGGUACUUUUCAAAUGAACAGAUAACAUCUUGUGAUGAUUUUCAAGUUCUCAUGUGUUUGUAAUAACGGUCUUUAGUGUGGAGACGGCCAAAUCAUUCAGUUGAUUUCCUUAAUUGAGUCUGUUUUGUGAGUUUAACCUUGCAGUCAUGACAAGUGUCACCGUGUGUUUGGCUGGGAGCCGUUGUGAUUUAGCUGCUGUUCAUGUGGUUGAAUCUGUGAUUGCUUAGUUUAUAGUUUAGAACAAUGACAUUUAUUUGUUGAAUCACGUCGAGUUAAUUUGAUGUUUCAUCUGUGUACGUUUUUAUGAUUCAAAAGCAUAUGGACAGCGGUGUUUCUUCCACAUUUUUGUUGUUGAGAACUUAAAUACUGUGACUUGACUUCAGGUACCCAGAAUGAUCAAUAACGGCAGUACAAAUGGAAUAACCAACUGUAGCUAUUGUAGUUUCACAGGUCCUUUAAAGUGCUGUUAGCUUCAAGUAAGAUGUACAUCAAUCAUUGAUCAUGUUUUUCAAUCACUUCACCGUGAGGACUUCUUUCUAUUUAAAUCUGAACCUGCAGUGCUGACAUCUUUGUCCUGGGGAAUAUGGUAGUCCUGUAUGAGACUUUAACAACACUGACCAUCCAGUCUGUCAAUACAAUCAUCACAGUCUGUAGCCUAAGGUGUAAAAGGCCCAGCCUCGGUCUUACACAGUAGCUGAAUGUUUAUUCUGUUUUUACUCAAAAAAACACUGACACAUAUAUUUACUGUUCUGUUUUUUUUAAAUGCUGUUUGACUGAUUCCAUGUCAACUUUACUACACCAGAAAUAAUAAAGUGUAUUUUGAUUCCUUUCUCAGA